ACUUUUAACACAGAUAAAAACAUGGCGGAUCGGAUCUGUGGAGGCUGCAUCGGCUGAGCUGCUGCUGGCAGUUUAAAAAAACAACAAAAAGGCUCAAAGUCACCGCUGAAGAGGGUCAGUGUGUCGGGAGGUCACUGCUUUACGAGCAGGGAGAGGUUAAUCUUUGAAACGACACAAAAAUUCAUUUAUUAUUUCCCUCGAAAGAAGAACCGAGCCGCCCGAGGAGCCACGAAAACAAGCCGGACAUGAACGGAGUAAGUUCGGCUGUGAGAACGCCUCUGAACACGGUCAGUCUGGAGCUAGUUUUAGAGGAUUAUCUCUCUGUUACUUGCCGUUUUUCGAUACUUUUUAUCAGCAUUUCCCCCGCCUUGUAUUUUCACUAUUACCCUGGUGUUACAUAGAGUAAAGCUGUAUUGUAUGGGAAGCUUUGCUAACAUUAGCUUGUUACAUGUGUUGGCUGAAUAAGUGUUUUGAAUUCACGCACAGAGAUGAAUAAUCACCUUACUUCCUCUUUUAAAAGUGUUUUACAAUUGAAAUGCAUCUGUUGAGGUAUAAUUUAGUUUGAACGGACUUUAAUAGUUUAUUAUGAGCCAUAAAGAGGCCUGUUUGUGUCUUUUCUGUGGGUUUAAAGGGACGGAUGGGUUAGUGGGAUGUGGGUGUGGAUCCAGCAUGCCGCCCUCCUCAGGGCCCCACCCACAACACUGGAGCUGAACACUGAGUGAUUUACCCCCCCAAAACAACAACAGAAACAGCCUAACAGGGCAGGUUAUUUACAGUAGUACCUAAAAAUUAUGAUUUAUUUUGUAAAAUAGGAAAUUAUGUAUAAUUUAAGAUCUGGGAUGAGAAACUAAGGGUGUAUGGAUGUUUAUUAAAAAAGCUUUUGGUAGUUUGGAAAUCAAUAAUUAGAUCUGAUUUUAUUUUAUUUUCAGAAUUUACAUAGAACCAUACAUCCUUUUAAUUCAAAUAAGGUAGAAAAUGACAAGAAAGAGAUAAAUCAUGGGGGGGGGGGGGGGGGGGGGUAUAGUUUCACUUCGACCUUUUGGCAAGUAAUCCAUAAGGGGCCAUAAAGAUGUGCAUAAAGAUGUCAUCAUUCCCUUUUAAUUUGGCACUUAGCCUUUCCAUCGGUAAAACAAAAAAUUUCUUGUACCACUAAGUCACUGUGCAAGGUUUGUCGCUAGUCCGAUUAAAUAGUAUACAUUUUCUGGCCAAAUAUAAGAGUUUAUUAAGUAAUUUUGAUCUUCUCACAUCCAUAACUCUAUUUGUAGGUGGCAGCCCCAAUAGAGAAUUGAGUUUAUUUUUGAUGUAAUGGUACUUGACUAAUUUUUCUGUAUCUGCUUUCUCAGGAGAUUGUCUGCAGUAAUCAUCCGAUCGCCGUCUUAAACUGUAACAAGUCCAUAUCUCCUGUUCACGAUGAAAACACGAUCAAGCUGACGCAGGAGGGACAGCGCUCGCCAAUAUGCUGCCAGCAAACUGAGGAUCAAAAGCAGGGAGAGGGUGAGUUAGUCUGCUGCAGCAGGGAGCAGUACUUAUUUAAUUUUUAAGAAAUUAUCAUUUAGUCUUGUUUUAGCAGAAUAAAAUCUCAAAUUUGUGUCCAAAACUUUAAGUAAAAUUUGUAUAACUCUGAUCCAUAAAAUCAGGAUUAUCCUGAUCUAACAGAGGGCUGGAUUUAAAGGGAUAUUCGGGCGUAAAAUUAAGUCAGGGUCAAACACACCGAAACACUGAGUUAGACACCCCGUCGAGAGAUGAAUGUUGCUGACCGCUUGCUUCUCCAGUUAUACCAACUUUAGUAAAGACCACACAAUAGCAAUACACAGCGGUCUAAGGAGUCAUAAACAAACGUCAAACCCAAAACGCCACUCUAUAGCCACAAAUAAUGCUCAGAACAGCAGCUAACUUCAUCAACAGUACAUAUAGGGUCCCAGCCAUAGUACUAGUCACCAAACAUCUUUUUAACUUUGUCUUAUUUCUUUAGCAAAGAGAUUAAACACAACUCACCUACUCUCUUCCAGCAGCCGCUUGUUGGUAUCUAGACCUCGGGCCAGUCCAUUACGGACUACAGCGGGGUGACGCAGCUCAAGGAAGAACAUUUAUGAUAAUUUCUUCAUGGAAAUGCGAUCAGACCGAGACACUAAGGCAGAAGAACUACCGCGUCUGCAGUGAUAAAUGAUUAAUGUGAUAAUUAUUACUUAAAGGAAAUUAUAUUGAAAUUAUCCUAAAUGUGAUUUGUGGCUAUAGAGUGGUGUUUUGGUUGAGGUCUGUUUAUGGCUCCUCAGACCGCUGUGUAUUGCUAUCCUGCGGUCAUUACUAAAGUUGGUAUAACUAGAGAAGCAAGCGGUCGGUAACAUUCAUCUCUCGACUGGGUGUCUAACUUGGUGUUAUGGUGUGUUUGACCCUAAAUUAAUUUCACGCCAGAAUAUCCCUUUAAGGCUGGACUACAGGCUGGAAACACCAUGAUUAGACUUAUGUUGAUACUCUGGAUGUUUUUAAUGCCUCGCUCUUAAUUGUGAAUUCCUACAGUUGCACAGAUUAUGACAGAGAGAAAAGGGCAAGGAAAAAAAAUAAAGGAUUUGUCUCCAGUGUGGGGAUUUCAGCUCUUCCUCAGGUUGAGAAUGUCGCAUGUAGUCCAUAUUGGUUAAUCUUAAAACCAGCACUGAGAUCUGGUCCUGGACAGCAAUAAACUGGUUUUCUUAAUCGGUAUCGUUCCUGAAACUUUUGGUCAGCCGGGUCCAGCUGAGAAAACAUCUUUUGGCGGGUGUUUAUUUGUGUUUCUGUAGAUAAAACUUGUGUUUUUCUCGACUGUUUCUUCCAGGCCGGAGAACAAACCCCCUCAGCCUCUCCCCCAAAGACUCACAGACUGGUUUCCCAGAGAUGGAGAGCCAGUGUUCACCCUGCUGGUCAGAUGAACAGACGCCCCUGCAGCUCCACCGCACGCAGACCUGCCUCCGCUCCCCCACAGAUCUCCCCCUGCCUCUCAGCAGCAGUUUAUCUCCCCCUCCCCUCCAUGCCAACAACAGCAGCCCCCUCCUCAGCCACUCGAGGAGAGGACUGCACCUCAAGGUCAAAGGAAAGAAAACACCAAGAAUGUAAGAACAAACUUAUUGUUGAAACUGUUUUAAAAACCUUUAUUUUCAUCAAGAAACACAAAAAUGUAAUAAUUUCUUUUUCCUUGACAGCACCAGGGGGAAUAACUCCCAAAACCGGAAAGUUACUGACUACUAUCCAAUCAGACGAAGCUCAAGGAAAAGUAAAACAGAGCUGAAGGUGAGCAGACUUGUUUGUUUAUUGUGUUUCUUUAUGAGCGGCCUAAUUUAGCUUCACUGACACGUCGUGUGAUUUGUUGUGCUGCAGCAGAGGAAGUAAAUUCCUGACAAGUUUAAAGCUUCCUCUGGUCUCCACUGCAAAGACACCAGUCCAAAUCCUGACAUGUUAUCUUUAAGACAUCCAACUAAAAUCCAGACAAAACCUCAAACUUGAGAGAGCAGAUUUACAGGAGUUAGUCUGUGACAAGACGAGAAAAAGUCAAGUUGUGACUCAGACAUCCAAACAGCUUUUAUCCAGUUAUCUCAUGUUUCCCUUUUUGUUUGCAGUGUGAAGAAAAGAAGCUUUUAGACGAGCUCAUCACAAAGGGAAUCGAAGAAGGAAUGGAGGUGAGUUUACUUUGUGCUUUCACUUCAAACACCCUCAGGCGAUCACAAACACAAGCAGCAAAAAGCCUCCUCAUAAUACGUGAUAUUUGAGCCGGCCCACAUCCGAAGCACCUGUCCUACUUCGUGAUGUCUUCACUUGUCAGCUCCACAGAAAAAUCUGUUCUUGUCGCCACACUCCACAGCUGCUGGGCGUCAUUCUGUGCGACACAGCAAAACAGAGCUGAAGGUGUUUUCCACCUGUAAUUCUUUCCAGUAAAUAAAAAAAACACACAAAGCAAGUUCCAAAAAGUUAAACCGCACCUGCAACAGCAGAAUCAAGCAGCUCAUGUCGGCUGAAAAUGUUGCUCAUGUGUUGUUUAAGCUGCAGCACAGACACCUGCUACUAACCAAUCCAAUCCAAUCUGCUUUAUUUCUAUAGCACAUUUUAAAAAACAUUCAAGUUUACCAAAGAGCUGCAAAAUAAAGUUCAAAGAACAGACACUCCUGAAAACAUCAAGAUGAAAUGAAUAAAAGCAGGUGAAAACACUUGAAAUGAAAUAAAAUAAAUGAAACAAAAACACAAAAGUGUAAAAGAAAUAAAAGUGAUAAAGGACCAUAAAAGGACAGAGAUCACACAACUCGCAUGCUGAGCUAAAAGCCAAGGAAUAAAAAUGAGUUUUUAAGAUGUGAUUCAAAAGUAGAAAGAGUGGGGGAUGUUUUUAUCUCUGUGGUCAUGUUUUCAUUUACCUGUUAAAAGACGAGCAGCAGCAUUUUGGACUAACUGUAAGCAUGUGAGGGAAGCCUGAUUAACAAUGACGUAAAGAGCAUCAAGGCUGUGGCUCCAUAAGGCUCAACUACCUGGAAGUAAACAAGCACAGGUGAAAUAUCAUAGCACGGUGUUGAUCAUGUGGUCUUAUAUUAUAUUGACAGGGUAUCCGCAGGGUCUUAAAAAGUCUUAAAACGUCUAAAAUCCAAUUGAAUUCAAGGCCCUAAAAUUCUCUUAAAAUCUCAUAAAAUGUCUUAAAUACAAUUUGGAAAGGUCUUGAAAAUGUAUUGAGUCAACUUAUAAAUAAAUAAUGUGCCAUAGGAAUAUAGGUUGAUUUGAAGUUAAAAAGUGUUAAUAGUCUUAAAUCUGACUUGUUGAAACCUGCAGAGACCCUGAUUGAGCUGUCAGGUAUGGGGUGCCGUUUGUAAAGCAGCCCAUUAUAAAAACAACAGCAAGAUUUGGUCACAUUUAGCAAAACAACAGCAAGAUUUAGUCACAUUUAGCUUCAAACAGCAUUUAAAAACGUGAUGUGAAUUUUCGGCAGUCAUUUUUUUGCACAUUUACAACAACAUUUAAAUACUAAAACUAAAUGUUAAAUGUUAAAUCUAAAUGCUAAAUAUAAAUCUUAAAUAUAUAUGUUAAAUCUAAAUGUUAAAUAUAAAUCUAAAUGUUAAAUAUAAAUCUAAAUGUUAAAUCUAAAUGUUAAAUAUAAAUGUGUUGGGCGAAACUAAAUAUUUAGCUAAUAUGCAAAUUCACGGUCGGAAACCGGAAGUGCCAAAAUAAAAGCUCCAGAAGGUCAUAUUGUUGAUUCAUGUGUCGAAGAAAACGAAUUAAAACCAAUUUAAGGGGGGAACAAAUACUUGGGGUGACGUUUCGUGUUAAUAACUACCUACAAUAGCGACAGCAACAACAAAAACUUUAUUAGAAAGACUCGAGUUUUCAGUGUCGCUUCUCCGUAUGGCGCGGACACUGUACGAACACACGCACACACACAUGCAGGCGCACACGUCAUACUACUCCAUGGCACCUUAUCUAUUCAUGAAGUGCUUUGGCCAUACGGGUAACGCGGACGACUGGGACGCAGGAAGCCGGGGUUCGAAACCAUAGACUGUAUAUAAGUAUAUAUAUAGACUAUAUAUAUGUAUCUUAUAUACAGUCUAUGGUUCGUACAGUGUCCGCGCCAUACGGAGAAGCGACACUGAAAACUCGAGUCUUUCUAAUAAAGUUUUUGUUGUUGCUGUCGCUAUUGUAGGUAGUUAUUAACACGAAACAUCACCCCAAGUAUUUGUUCCCCCCUUAAAUUGGUUUUAAUUCGUUUUCUUCGACACAAGAAUCAUCAAUAUGACCUUCUGGAGCUUUUAUUUUGGCACUUCCGGUUUCCGACCGUGAAUUUGCAUAUUAGCUAAAUAUUUAGUUUCGCCCAACACAUUUAGAUUUAACAUUUAGAUUUAACAUUUAGAUUUAUAUUUAGAUUUAUAUUUAACAUUUAGAUUUAACAUAUAUAUUUAAGAUUUAUAUUUAGCAUUUAGAUUUAACAUUUAACAUUUAGUUUUAGUAUUUAAAUGUUGUUGUAAAUGUGCAAAAGAAUGACUGCCGAAAAUUCACAUCACAUUUUUAAAUGCUGUUUGAAGCUAAAUGUGACUAAAUCUUGCUGUUGUUUUGCUAAAUGUGACCAAAUCUUGCUGUUGUUUUUAUAAUGGGCUGCUUUACAAACGGCACCCCAUAGUCAGGAUUAAGGAUAUUUCUGUCCCUGUUACACCUCUCAAAUGACCUUUUUUUUUAUAGGUGCAGUACAUUGAAGGAAAGGGGCGAGGAGUUUUUGCGACCCGGUGUUUCCAGAAAGGCAAGUACGUGGUGGAGUAUCACGGAGACCUGCUGCAGAUCAACGACGCCAAGAAGAGGGAGGCCGAAUACGCUCAAAACCCGGCGACUGGCUGCUACAUGUACUACUUCCAGUACCUCUGCAAAACGUACUGGUAUGAUAGACGCCGAGAGAAGCUGGAUGUUUUUAUUUCACACCGCUAGAAGACGCCAUUAAACUGUAUUUAAUGCUGCAUUUGAGUUACCUCGGAAGUCAGAAGUCUAAGCUGAAAAUGACGUCACACCCAAGUUACCAGCAUUUCAGUUACCAAGUCAGAAAAAGGCAAAAUCGGAGGCAGAAACAAGAUUGCUACAUCUAUGGAAGUUAUUUAAGCACUUGCCUUGUCCGAAUAUAAGGCAAGCGCUAAAAUAACUUUCGUAGAUGUAGCAAUCCAAUUUUAGACCUCCGAUUUUGCUUUUUUCUGACUUGGAAACACUGGUACAUUUUUCAGCUCCGACAUCUGACUUCUGAGGUAAGUUGAACGCAGCAUAAAUCUUUGUGGGUUUUUCUUUGUUUGUUUUGCAGCGUGGACGCCACUAAAGAGACCGGCCGAUUGGGUCGGCUGAUCAAUCACAGCAAAACCGGAAACUGCCAAACCAAACUUCACGACAUCAACGGCGUCCCUCACCUCAUCCUCGUCGCCUCUCGAAACAUCGACGAGGGGGAGGAGCUUCUGUACGACUAUGGGGACCGCAGUAAAGCCUCCAUUGCAGCACACCCGUGGCUUAAAUACUGAUUGGGGGGGGUUGUUCGGGAAAAAAACAAAAAAAAAAGGGAAACGUAAAGUAAGACCCGAGUUUCUCUUUAGCUAGUGUACAAAAUGCCUUAGAAACAGAAUGUGUUCCCUUUUUGUUCUAGUGUUGAGAAAAUAAGAGGGGGGGGGGGGGAGUUGUGUUUUGGGGAGGGGCCCACUUCUCACACGUUGAGGUCACAUGACUUCAGUCCUUUUUAUUUAUGUAUUAAUGGAACCUUCCGGUUGUUUUGCAGCGCAUUUAUUUUGUACAUUUUGUAUUAGAGCAAAAGCUUGGACCGCAUGCAGGUGGUAGUGAACGCUCUGCCUUUUUUAUACCGCUUUUUCUUAAUUAGUCGUUAGCAAUACUUCAAUUUAAGACCCCAGUGUUCUGUUUUUGAGCGAGGAAGAAGUCUGAGACGCAAAUUUAAAAACUAAUAAUUUCUGAUGAAGUGGAAUUUAAGUUCAGACACCAAAACUCACUUAAACGGCAGUGUAAAAACUCACCAAACUCAUGCUGAAGUUGGCGUUUUCGGACCUGAUUACGAAGUGUUUAAAAGUUUUCUAUUUUCCGUAACAAUGAUUCUUCUUUCUAAGUUUUUAGCCUAUUUUAUCUUUUUUAAAUGUAUUUAGAUUAUAUUUAGAUCAUAGUUUGUUAAAAACAUCCAGAGCCUGGAACCCCAAAAAUUGUCACAGAAGUAGCCUAAUUUUUAGAAACCUUUGUUUUCAGUCAAAUUCACCAAAACAGGUUGUCCACAGGGGGCGCCAAAGUCAAUACAAAGAGAAAGUUCCUUAUACAAGCUUUAAUAAUCAAAAGUAACACUGAUGUCGCUCAUGACAUAAUCAGAUUAGUAAAUAAUUAACUUCCAUUUCUGUUUUUUCUGGUGGUAGUUUUAUAUCUAACCAAAAUUCACUCUCUUCCUUAAAUGUUAAACAUUCCACUUGUUUUGCACGCGUCACACAUAUUUUGUAUUUGUGAUUUUGAUUUAUUUUCACAGUCCAGGGUGUGGGCAUGCAUGUCAGUGUCCAAACACAUCCAACAAAGAGUGUAUUUGGUGAGUUUUUACACUCCUGCAGGUCUUUUCUCACAUUUCGCUCACGUGACAGUCACAAAAACUGUUCUAUGUGAAAGUAUUUAACAGCUGGACAACCAACAGGUCAUUUUUUACUUUAUUUAUUUAAACUUUAAUCUGAAAAGCUUUCUCAAAUGUGUUUUCAUGAAUUUAUCUUAUUUAUCUCCAUCUAUCUUGGUUUGAUUUGUCCUGAAGUAGAUAAUCAGUGAAUCAGUGCAUAGUCUAAGUUUCGUUUGGUGAUGGGAAGUUUUAUUGUUAAUCACACAGGCACUCCACAUAACCAAUGACUGUUGAUAUUUACUGUAAUUAACAUGGAUUAGCCACACUACUUUGGUCCAAUCACUACAAUAAAAUUUGUGCACAGAACCACAGAAAGGUGAGCGUGCAGCAGCUUUGGUGUCAUCGAUUGAAUCAAAUUAGAAUAAAAACUAUUUUUAGAGCAUAAACUUUGUGGUAUUCCAUAUUUUUUAUCAUAAAAAAUGACUAAAACAACCAAAGUGUUGGUUUAUUUAUCAGUGCUGAAGGACUUCAUGAGUUCAAAUCAUAGAUCAUGUAAUCCUAGAUCCUUAAUGAUGAAUUCUCCAAGGAGGAGUUAUUUCUGCAGCUGAACAAAUUUCGUACAUCAUCACUUUAUCAUGUUUUAUUUAGUCAUAAAGCACUUUGUCCUCCUCUAAGUGCUGCUUGUGUCAUAGUUCAUAUUAUCUAAAUCAUAAUGAGUCUUUCAGAAGAAGUUUGAUAUUAUUACGCAGUAUGGGGCUCUACUUUAGAAACACUCGGACACACCCACUGCCUUUUUUUCAAAAUUCAGACUUUCUAUUUUAAAGAAAAUGAGGCAAAAUGUGACCUAAACCUCAGGAACAGAGAGCACCAGCUGAGCAAGAACUGAGUCGGUCAAGCCAUGUUUCUGCAGCAACCUCUAGAGAAGUGAAGAUGAUGUGGAAGUGCUAAAACCUGCAGUUCCUUAAGUGUCCACUAGAGGCUGGCUACGAAAGCACCAGAAGCUACAUACACACCCAUUCACAAAAUAAAUAUGCUAAAAAGACAUUCUGAUCUGAAGUCCAUUUCUAAAUUUGUACACUCUGUUAAGGGGGUGAUUUUUGUUUAACUCAUCAGUUUCAGGACAUUAAAGUUCCUGUGAUAAGUUUGUUCCAGCCUUGGCACCCCCUGUGGACACUGUUGUGAUUUUCAACAUUUAAAAGCAGCAAAAAACAGUAAAAAAAACACCCUAAUCUGACCUUUUCUGUGGCAAAUACUGACAGUCAACGAUAUAAUCCACUCUAAAAUCACUUUCACAUUUACAGAACAAGAGAUUUCAUUAUGUCCACAGAGGGCGCCAAUAUCAACACAAACCUAAAGUUCCUUACAGCAGCUUUAAAUCUUCAAAGUUCAAACUUAAACAUAGUUUUUUACAGUUGCUGUAACCGUCGUCUGUGUCUUUGUAAAGAGUCAGAUUUAAACCUCUUCUUCAUCGUCUUGUUGGAUUUGAAGGUUCUUAGUUUAGCUCAAAGACUUUAAACAGAGGGAAGCAGCUAAACAGGCUCUAGAGUGAGUUAAAUCCUCUUUAAAAUGUCUGAAUAUUCCUUUAAAACCCUCAGAAUCUUAUAUUCUUAAAUGUUUGUCACCGGUUUGUUUUUAUUUUUGAAAAGUGUUCUGAUGUCGGAAGAGCUGCCUCGUUUCAGUCUUUAUGAAGCAUUCAGUGUGAUACAGGAAUAAAACCUGCCUCAGAUUUCCUGUUUUUACUGAGGUGACCGUGAAACAAGUUUGAUCAGUGUUAAUGAAAGAGACGAGUACGUGGAAAUAUUCAGGAGAUGCUGUGUGUGUUAAACAGGUAGAUUUCACCUUUUCUUCUCUCUGUCAUCUCUUUCUGUAGAGUUUCACGCCUGUCGGGAGUUUUAAGGGUUAUUUCCGUCUUUAUGUGGAUCAAAUGCAAUAAAACCCGAGAGACAAAACUGACCUGUUGGCCGUUUUAGGAAAAGAAAAAAGAUCUUUGCUGUUGUAGCGUUGAAUAAAUCUUAAUGCUGGGGUUUAGUCAUCAAUGAAUAAAGAUGUAAUAUGCAAGAAACAAGA